AUGACCACUGCCAUCUUCAGUCUCCUACCCGCGCCCGCCCUGGUCGUCCUGGGUGACUGGUAUCACUGUCCUACCCAUCCCACGCUUAGAGUCCUCCCCUCCUGCGGGGUUUUUCAUUCCGUUGCCGUUCGAAUUUCCCGACUCCCGCUGAGCGCAUGCCAUCUCGACGUGGCACGACAGCAGCAGCAGAUGUUGCACCAGCAUGGCGUGACAUCGAACCCAAGCCCUACAUGCGACACAUUGGACCGGCUUAUCGAGACAGGAGCUUUCGGGAGGUGCCAUGCGGCCUGUAACAACCAGACCGACCCUACCACCACUGAAUUCAGUCAUUUCAGGUUACUGAACCGCCCAGCUCAUGCCAUCGAAAACUUGGGCAUCAACGCGGCCCAAAUUGUGAGGCUGAGGUUGGUCCUUCUCCUGUGUGUGAAUGUGAAUGGGUGCAACAACAACAACAACAACAACAGCACGCAGGUCGACAGGCGCAUCGCACGGCCCUACUUCAGUUUCCAGUUCUUCCUUAGCCUGGGAUGGCCCUUCAUCCACUUCCUACCGUCAACGUCGCCUACGCUGGAUCUGGGCCUGUUUACUGCGACAUGGGACCAGUUUGAGACCCCCCGUGGGGGUGGGGCGCCUUCGCAGCUUUCGCUCCAUGGUUGGGUGAGCUUUGUUUUGAGAGGCCGCGGACAGCGCGGCCUGCUUGACCAGACCAAAGUCGUUUUCGACUCCUUCUCGAGGUAA